AGUAUUUUACUGUAUAAAUUUGUUUUGUUUUAGAACCCAUUAAAAGCUAAAACGGCUUGCCAUAGUCUGGUUCUCAAAACUCAAAUGGAUCGCUUUUCUGAACCAUUUUAUUUGUAUGUUUGUUCAUUUUUUAAAUAUCGCUACUUGUUUCAGAACGUUUAGAGAACAUUCAAAAGUAACGUUCCCAUAAUGUUUGCAAAAUGAUCCCUUAACGUUCACAUAACCAAGAAAAAACGUUUAAAAAACAUUUUUAAAAAACUGGACAGUUUAAAUGUUCAGAGAAAUAACGUAUACAUCAGCAAAAUGUAUUGUUUGUUAACCGGGAACCAUAAAAAACCUAGAAUUAUUAUGAAAUUUAAAUGGCAUUUUCCUGUCGGUUUAUGUGGGUGGAUUCUUGCACUCUCUCUCUCUCUCUCUCUCUCUCAUAUCAUACUUCAUUCAGUCUGUACUCUCCGCAGCUCUCUUCAGCACGCCAGGAUUCUUCUUCUUCUCCUCUUCAUCAUGUCUUGUGCUUUAUCUAAACUCAGGUCUGGAUUAGAGACAUGAUCAGAUCCUGGACUGGGCAGAUUCCGAUCAUCAUCAUGCGCACAUUUCUUGAGAUGUGAUAUCUGGAUAAUGACUGACUGACAGGAAAAGGAUUCAGUGCAAUGGAGAAGAGUGAGUCUGGUGGAUUGUGUACGGAGAAGCAGGCUGUGAGGAGAAGGAUCCGAACCUCAUUAUACAGUAGAUAAAAACACUGAGGUGGCGAUCAGAGCGACGUGAUGUCCGAUAACUCGUCCCUGCAGCGCGUGUCUAACGCGUCUCUGCUGCCUCCGCUGGCGGACUGGACUCCGCCCACCUUCACCCCUGCGGCUCAGGCUCGAGUGGCGGCCACCAUGGUCCUCUUCGUCUUCGCCGCCGUCAGUAACCUGGCGCUCCUCAUCAGCGUGUCACGUGGCCGUGGCCGGCGUCUGGCGUCUCACCUGCGUCCGCUCAUCCUCAGCCUGGCGUCGGCCGACCUGAUGAUGACGUUCGUGGUGAUGCCGCUGGACAUGGUGUGGAACGUGACGGUGCAGUGGUAUGCCGGCGACGGACUCUGUAAGCUGCUGUGCUUCCUGAAGCUCUUCGCCAUGCAAACCUCCGCCUUCAUCCUGGUGGUCAUCAGUCUGGACCGCCAUCACGCCAUCCUGCGGCCGCUGGACUCACUCAACGCCCACCGCAGGAACAGGAGGAUGCUACUGACGGCCUGGAUCCUCAGCGCACUGAUCGCAUCGCCACAGCUGUUCAUCUUCCGGACCGUCAAAGCGGAGAGCGAGGACUUCACUCAGUGUGUCACGCACGGCAGUUUCCACGAGCGCUGGCAGGAGACGGCGUACAACAUGUUUCAUUUCGUGACGCUCUACGUGAUUCCCCUGCUGGUCAUGAGCUGCUGUUACACCUGCAUCCUCAUCGAGAUCAACCGACAGCUGCACAAGAGCCAAGAGGGCGAGUCUCUCCGACGCAGCGGCACAGACAUGAUCCCGAAGGCCAGGAUGAAGACGCUGAAGAUGACCGUCAUCAUCGUCAUGUCGUUCGUGGUCUGCUGGACGCCCUACUACCUGCUGGGCAUCUGGUACUGGUUCCAGCCGGACAUGGUAAAGGUCACUCCCGAGUACAUCCAUCACCUGCUGUUCGUCUUUGGGAACCUGAACACCUGCUGUGACCCGGUGAUCUACGGCCUGUUCACGCCCUCCUUCCGCGCCGACCUCGCCCGCUGCUGCCGCUGCCGCCCGCCCGUAGACACGCCCCGCUCUCUGGACCGGCUCUCGGCCCGACACGAGUCCGACCCGCCGAAGGCCACGUAAACUCGGCAUGAAAGGGAAGUUGCGCCGGUCUUUUCUUCUCUAUUGUGACGUAUAUCACAGUGAAACGCUUCGCAAACAAGAACAAAUGUAGGGCGGGGCUUGAUUUUGAUUGGAUGGUUGUGGUUUGCUAUUGGUGGAUCUCAUGUGAGUGACGGGUUGCCCCGCCCUCGUCAUCAGAGAAGAGAUGGAGAAGACAUUCUGAUUCAAGAUUACCAGGAACAUGAAUUUAAAUCGAUGUAAAUCAUUUCUAAUAAAUCAGUGUUGACUGCGAUGGAGAACACACUUCUUCAUCACAGACCUUCGAUCUCUGAGCCGGCGCCGCAGGCUUCAUAAAGAACUCUAAUGAAAAGAGCUCAGAGCAGAUUUGCAGUUUUUGAAUAACUUCACAGAUUUCACAGCGUGGAUUUGUUAUUAAAGAGUCAGCUGGACGCGCUGAAACGUGUCAAACACGUUCUGUUCAUGUUCAAACUGGUGAUCUGUGUCCGUUUCACUCAGUUUGACCGUUAUUAUUGUUUGCUGUAAAACUCUGUUUAGGCAUUUUGCAUGAAGAUCUUGAUCCACUUUGCAGCUCAUUCUGACCCAGAAUCACAAAAAAAGCUGUUCUGUUUUCCUGCACAAAUAUCUAAACUUUCUUAAAUCAAGAUACAUUUACUGGAGAAGAGAAAUGACUGAAGAAAUGCAUCAAAAUGAAGUGAGUUUAUGCUUAUAAUGAGAACAAAUAUCUUCCAGUGGGGUCAGAAAAUAAACUUAAUUCAAAGGGAAAACAAGAUGAUUUUUCUUAAAUUUCUUCUUCAUGACAUGCACAUUUAGUUGACUGUGUUUAAUGGCUGUCCUGAGCGUCGUUCAUGUUCAUAUUCUCACAACAUUGCAUUGCUAGAAUUCAUAUCAGCCAACAUGAUUGACAACGUUUCAUAUAUUCUCCAACACCGACUCAGAUUUGGUGUUAAUUCUAGGCCCUGAGAUCUAUCUCUAGUCCAGAGUACAUGAGAGAAACAGACGUGAGAUCCGCUGCUCCUCUCUGAACACGCUGAAGGGAAGCAGAAUCAUGUUUAAUGGAUUGAGAAGUGAAAGUGACUGACUAAGAGCUUCUGAGAUCUCAAGAGAGCCGCUGACGUUCUUCAGAUCAUCGCUGCAGUGCGUCAGAGAUCAGGUGAAACACUGCGACGUUUCAGAGGAACACAGAGGCUUUAUGGCACCAUUUAUACACCAAAAACUUCAGGAGAUCUUACCUGAACCUCCAGUGUUUUCAGCUGCUCCAGAGUCAAUGCUGCUUCUGGGAAGUUUAUUCAUGCUCGAUCAUCACGGAUCAAGGUGGAAUCACUGUUUUCAACAGAUCUUUGAAGUAUUUUGUUAUAUUUUCUUUUUUCCACAACCAUUUAGCUUGUUUUGUUAAGUCCAGCUGGGUUUGGAUGAGUGCAUAAAAUUGGGCAUAUAAUUUCAUAUGCAUUUAUGCAAUUUCAAACAUAUCUUCACACUCACAUUCUGCCAUCUUUGAGAAUGGACCCUCCUUUCUGCACAAGUUUCUGAGCCAAUCAGCUGAUCUGUAAAUGUCAUGUGACUGAUCACUUCUAGUGCAUUUCAUACUUUUAAAAGCUUCUAAAAAACAUCUCUGUAACAUGAUGAAAUGUUUCCUGUUGAAAUGUUGCUUGCAAAGCGAUUUUAAGGGUGUGAAGCCGUUUGGAGUGAGAUCCAUUUAAAGUGCUGAAUUAUUCAUGAGGUCUGUCAGCGCGCACUGCGGUCAGAGACGAGGUCAUGUGAUAAGGGAUGACCCGUUUCCAUGGCAACACCGACAGGACACUGAACUCAUCCCCAAGUCGAACUGCACUGGUCCUUUACAUCUCACACACACACACACACACACACUCACACACACACACACACACACACACACACACACACACACACAGCUGCUGCUUUAAUUAUUCAUUCUUCACUUUCUGUCUGACGUUUUGGCCUGAACUGCAGAACUCGUGUAGGUCAUAUUUCAUACCCAGAUCAAAAUAAUAAAAUCACAGGAUAUAUUUAACUAAGAAAACAGAGUUUCUUGUUUUAAAAAAUAUUAAGAUUCACUGCAUUGUGACAUUAUUUUCAUGACAUUUUAGCUCAAAUUUCCAGGAUCUUCUUGAUUUCUAUCCAUCUGGUUUUCGAUCCAAAAAUGACCAACAACUGUUCUCAUUAUGACUGAUUUAACACCAUUUUCUGACACUGAAUCUCAUCACAAAUUUUUCUCUCUCUUUCAGCUAUAGGCAUCAUGGGUAGUGCUCUUUCUUGAUUUGCAUCCCAUCUCAACUCUUGAUUUCUGUCCAUAACUUCAGAUCUUCCAGGUGUCCCUCAAGGCUCUGUCCUUGGACCUCUUCUUUUCAGUAUUUAUUUGUUAGCCCUUGCUUUCCAUUCUUAUGCAGAUUGAUAUCUGCUUGCUCCACUUCUGCUCUUCAUCUUGACUCUUACAUUUAUUCAUUUAGCAGACUUACAGCAAGCGAUUAAAGCGAAAUAACUGUGCUUCAUUUUCAUGAAAAUAAUGCAAAAAAUAAUUUUCUUUAUACUAAAUAUAAUGUAUGUGUUCCUGAGAGACUGGAUAUCUGCUGAAGAGAUCAAAUCUUCUUCAUUAAUGACAGUGAGUGAAGCUCCACAGAAACACUGCUGAACAGUGCUAAAAUGUGCAUCGUAAAUAAAUGAUGAUUAUCAAUUUUAAAUGAAAAGACAGUAAACCUGGUUAGCUGAUGUGACAUCUGGCUGUCAGAAACACUGGAGCCUGUCAGAACAAAUCCUGCAGAAACAUCUUCACCCUCCGUCAGCAGAUGCAGUUUCUAUAUUUAGUGUGGAGUGAAUCUGAACUCUACAGGCCCAUUCACACACUGAAAGUGAAGCAGGACUGACUCUGGAUCAGGUUACAGAAACAACGAUCUUGUGUUUUUACCCAGUGUGAUGUCAAAGUUUCUAACCGGUUCAUGAUCUGCUCUGAUUCUUCUCAUCAGUCUUCAGGUCACGGUGUAGCUGGUUAGUGUUCUGGUAUCAUUAGUGAGGUUCCUCAGGGUUCUGUACUGGGCCCACUUCUUUUUAACUUAUUUAUGCUUCUGCUUGAGAUUAUUAUUAUGAAGCAUAAUGUUUCUUUUUAUUUUUAUGCUGAUGAUGCCCAGCUUUAUUGGCUAGGCUGUCUUGAGGACAUAAAAAAAGUGGUUUUAAAUAACUUUCUCCAACUUUAUAAAGACAAAACCGAAAUAUUUUUCUUUGGUCCCUUGAAAUUAAGAGAUGGUCUUAUCAAUGAACUCAUUAUAAUAAUUAAUAAUAAUAAUAAUUUCCCUUCAAUUUCAUCU